GUCUCUGUGAGACAGAAGAUGGCCUCCGCGUCCGAGGACCCCCUUCUAGGAACCGGUCCCGAUGAGGACGGCUCUGAGGUGUCUUUGUCUGGCAGUGAGUCCGACUCAGGAAGUGUACUUUCUGAUGACUCAGUGCUUCCUGACUAUCAGCGGGACGAGGGGAAAGGGGGUCCUGCCUCCACGUUAUAUGCAGCAUGCUUUCGGAACGAACCCCAGGCUCUCAAGAUCAUUCUCGAGAGGGGAGUCACCAAGGAGGAAGUCAUGGAGACAGACAUCAAUGGUUGGAACGGUCUGAUGAUAGCAUGUUACAAGGGUUUCCUGGAUAUUGUCCACGGCCUUCAUUACUGUCCCUUCAUAGACAUCAACCACCAAGACAAUGAUGGCAACACUGCACUGAUGAUCGCUGCUCAAGCAGGUCACAUCAGCACAGUCAACUAUCUCCUGAACUACUACCCUGGAGCAGACACAGAGAUCAAGGACUGUCGAGGGUUCACAGCCCUCAUCAAAGCUGCUAUGCAGGGCCGCAAUGACGUUGUAGCCGCCCUCAUCAUGGCAGGUGCUGACGUAAACGCAGUCGACUCUACAAAGAGCAGAUGUGCCCGAGACUGGGCCCUGAAGACGGGGCGCUUUGACACCUUACACCGCCUCCGCCGUCUCAACCUGCGGCCCAGAGCUGAGCAGUUUUGCCAAAGCUACGUCUGCGAAUGGCCUGAGCUCCAAGUGCUGGUGGCCAAAGCCACGGCCAAUAAGAGUGCAGGUGAAAAGAUCACCCAGAGACUCAAAUCCACCUUUGGCUUCAAUUUUCCCAGAGACCCCCAAGAUAACGGAGUGUUGGAUCACAUGGUGCGUAUGACCACAGGCCUGUACAGCCCCCUGGUAGCCACUGCCUGCCGCCCACUCUGCCCCACCAGUCCCCCCAUGGCAGGUAAAAGGCGCCUGGCUGUGCCAGAGCUGGUGAAGAAGCACACAGUGAAGGAGCUGGAGGAAACCUCUGUGUGCCAUAGCACCAGCUCCAUCUUCUGCAUAACACCCUCCCUUCACUCAGCCGAGUCCAUCACUGCAGCCUGCUGUGUGGACACACAGCGCAGAGGCAGUAUGCUGUCUCUGGCCCCCAAUGGUGUGGCACACAGCUUUAUGCACCGCAGCAUGGCCCACAGGAACAGCGUGUUCCCCUCCGGCUGCAUCCCUCAGAUCAAGGUCAGCAAGUCUGGAGAGCCUACACCCAAGAAGGAGAAGAAGAAAAAGAGGCACAAGGGCCACCUGGAGCCGCCCAAGUGGAAGUACAAAGAGAUCAAGGAUGAAAAGAAAAAGGAGAAAAAGAAGGCAGAGAAAGAGAAAGAAAAGAAUAAUAAAGAGAAGAAAUAA